AUGAUGAAAGAGACACAGGAUAAGAGCAGCGAUGAGUAUCAGCGAUUAACGUGGGAUGCCCUUAGAAAAAGCAUCAAUGGGCUUGUUAACAAAGUCAAUGCUACUAACAUAAAAAAUAUCGUUCCGGAACUCUUUGCUGAGAAUCUUAUUCGAGGAAGGGGUCUAUUUUGUCGUUCGUGUAUGAAAUCUCAGAUGGCAUCCCCAAGUUUCACUGAUGUUUUCGCUGCAUUGGUGACUGUUGUUAAUACCAAGUUUCCCGAAGUGGGGGAUUUAUUGUUGAGAAGGAUUGUUUUACAGCUGAAAAGAGCAUAUAAGCGAAAUGACAAGCCUCAAUUAUUAGCUGCUGUUAAAUUUAUAGCUCAUCUUGUAAACCAGCAAGUCGCUCAUGAGAUUAUUGCUUUGGAACUUCUCACUGUUUUGCUGGAGUACCCUACUGAUGAUAGUGUUGAGGUGGCUGUUGGUUUUGUUACCGAGUGUGGUUCAUUACUUCAGGAUCUUUCACCAAAAUGUCUCCAUGUUAGCGUUGGCUGUUGUUUACAGGGAUACCCUGUUGUUUGUCCAGAACUAGACCUUGUUGAGGAAGAUGACCAAUUAACUCAUGAGAUAUCUCUCCAAGAUGAGAUCGAUCCAGAAAUAACCCUUGACAUUUUUAAACCAGAUCCUCAAUACUUAGAGAAUGAAAAGCGAUAUGAAGAGUUGAAGAAAUCCAUCCUUGGUGAGGAGUCCGAGGAUGAAGAGGGUUCAGAUGCAGGUUCAAGUGAUGAGGAAGAGGAUGAGGAGGAGGAUGAAUGUGAUGAGGAAGAUGAAGAGCAGAUGAAAAUAAAGGAUGAGACAGAGACAAAUCUUGUAAAUCUUCGGAGGACUAUCUAUCUGACAAUCAUGUCCAGUGUAGAUUUUGAGGAGGCUGGCCACAGGCUACUGAAAAUUAAGCUUGACCCAGGGCAAGAGUCAGGAGAGAACAUACCUUCGGUAUUAUGGUCUUCUGGGGUAACGGUUUUGCAUGAUCAACAAAAUGCUCUGCCUUGGCAUGUUCUCGCCUAUAUACGCUUAACUGAGGAGGACACAACUUCUUCUUCCCAAAUAUUCAUUAAGAUUCUCUUCCAGGAACUGUCAGAGCAUCUUGGAAUUCGUAGACUGAAUGAGUGGCUCUCAGAUCCUACUAUGCAGGACUCAUUCGAAUCAAUUUUCCCAAGGGAUAAUCCCAAGAAUACAUGA